AUGCGCGACGACCCGCGCGUCCGGCCGAACGUCCGGACGUACAACUCGCUCAUCACCGCCGCGGCCAAGGCGCGUAACGUUCGCGCGGCGAAAGAGGUGCUGAGGGAGUUGGACGAGGAUUUGGGGCGCGACGCGGCGACGGACCGGACGUACGGCGCGGCGCUCGCCGCCGUCGCCGCGGGCGUCGGCGUCGCGCUCGAGACGGAGACGAGCGCGGCGGGCGCGGUCGACGCCGACGCCGACGUCGCGGCGACGGCGAAAGAGGCGACGGUUCAGAUGGGAACCGUCGCGACCGUCACGCGAGGCGAGACCGCGGAGCUCGUGCGGUGGGGCCUGGAGGUGUACCGCCGCGCCGAGGACGCGGGCUGCGGGGGCAACGACCACGCGCUGUCGUCGCUGUUCACCGCGCUCGCGCGCGCGGUGGCCGCGGGCGCGUGGCCUGGGGACGACGCCGUGACUCGAUGCGUUGGGAUCGUGAACGCGCUCGUGCGCGAGUCGGACGAUGUUUUGUCGGACGGCAUGUCGGACAUCGAAAACGUCGGACGCGGCCGCAAGGCCAAGGCCAAGGCGCCCAAGCCGAACGCCGCGGUGUGGAGCGCGCUCGUCUCCGUGUGCGCGCGCGCCGGACGCGCGCGCGAGGCGCUCGACGCGCUCGAGCUCAUGCGCGCGCGAGGGCACGCGCUCGAUUCGUACACGCUCGCGAGCGCGCUGACCGCGUGCCGAGGCGGCGUCGCGGGCGCGAGCGCGGCGUCGUCGGACGCGAACGGCGUUUUCGCGACGGGACCGGCGGGGGGGCGGCGGCGGCGCGAUGCGCUGGAGGGCGCGAGGGAAGCGAGGGAGGGGUUGACUGUGUUUGAGCGCGCGCCGAAGAGCGCGAGCGCGAGCGCGUACGUGAGGAACGCCGCGAUUGCGCUGUACGCCGCGGUGGGUCGCGUGGACGCCGCGUUCGCGCUGUACGAAGAGAUGAAGGCGGAGUCGUCGAUCGACGGCGGCGACGACGCGAGGACUUUUUCUUCUUCUUCUUCUUCUUCUUCUUCUUCAUCCGCCGCCGCCGCCGCCGCUCCCGGGAGUUCCGAGACGACGUCCGCGUCCGCGAUGGAUACGCGCCGCCGCACGGCGCCGGACACGAUCACGUACAACACGCUGCUCCACUCGUGCGGCGGACGCUCGGCCACGGACGGCGCGGAGUGGGCGUUUUCGCUGGUGCGCGACAUGCGAUCGGCGCGCGUCCCGCGAUCCACGCGAACGUACGUGGGCCUCAUGAACGCCGCCGCGCGCGGCGCGCCGAUCGGCCGAGGCGCCGCCGCCGCGAAGGCGGUCUUCGACGCCGCGGAGGAGGACGACACCGUCGAGGGCGGCGCCGGGAACGCGUACACGUACACCGCGCUCAUCGACGCGCAAGUCAAAGGCGGGGACCCGCGCGCGGCGUUCGACACGUACGAGAUCAUGAAGCGUCGGAACAUCACGCCGUCGGUGGUGACGUUCGGGUGCCUGCUCAACGCGUGCGGGAACAUCAAGUCGGCGGACGGGAGAUCUUCUGAUUCUGAUUCUGAUUCUGCUGACGUGGAAGGCGUCGACCAAUCAAACGACGACGUCGCCGGCGACGCGGUCGAACGCGCGUACGCGCUCCUCGGCGAGAUGACCGAACGCGGCGUCUGCCCGAACGACCGCUGCCAAAACGCGCUCGUGCGCGUCGUCUCCGAGGCUGGACGCAUCGACGACAUGCUCGAAGAGGUCAAGGCGAUCGCGCGCCGACGCGGCAGGUUCGAGCGCGCGACGUUAGAGGGCGUCGUCCGAGCGUUAUGUCGCGCCGCGUACGCGGAGCGAGCGCUGCGCAUCUUGUCGUGGAUGGACGCGCGCGGCUACGCGCCCCGAGCGCCGACGUACCGCACGCUCGUGCAGACGUGCGCGAGCGAGGGUCAGGUGGUGUGGGCGUGGACGCUGCAUCAGAGGAUGACGAGCGCGGGGCACAGGACGGAUAAGGCGUCCGCGAGCGGCAUCGUCAGCGCGUUGUGCCACGCGGCGAUGGCGACGGACGCGGGGGAAGCGCGGGUCAUGUUGCGGAGGGCGACGGAGGUGUACGAGCGAUGCGAAGCGUACGGCGUCGCGGUGGAGGGCGAGGGCGAGGCGAACCCGUGGGACGACGACGACGACGGCGGCGGCGGCGGCGGCGGCGACGCGAACCGCGCGAGCGAACGACGCGGGAUGACCGUCGAGGAGGAGCUCGCGUCGUUCGAAGCCGCCGCCGCGGACGACGACGACGACGACGACGGCGGCGCCGGCGCCGCCGGCCCCGCGUGCCCUAUGAAACUCGAAGCGCCGCCCGCGCGCCCGAACGACGCGAGGACGCCCGCGGGCGAGAUCCUCACCGCGAGCUCGCUGCGCGAUAUGAUCACCGCGAGCGCGCGCAUCGGCGACGUCGCGUUCGCGUUGCGGCUCUACCGCGUCGACGCCGCGAGAGACGCGCUGCGCCCGUCAAAGGUCGCCUCCUCCUCCUCCUCGUACGAGCACAACGCGGACGACGGCGGCGUGCGCGCGAACGUGUACGAGGCGCUCGUAGAGGCGUGCUGCCACA